AUGGUAAGAGCGCGGAUGAAAGUCAGCGCAAACCCUUUGCCGGCUGAGGUUUUGAACGUAGAUUUCCUUGGCGCUGGGUUCCUCGUUGCCAUCUCCAUCGUUGGAGACCUCGACUCUAAUUUCCUUGAGGAGAGGGGCGGUCUCACCGGCUAUGGCGUCGUGACGCUGGUCGAAUUUGGGAGUUUCGUAGUAAAUCUGACGCGAGGAUCAGGGACUGAGCCAAAAAUGUCACCAUUGCAAGUAUUAUCACGUAGUAGCCAGGCACUUGCCAAGCUUUCAUCCGGAACAUUGCCAAAUCGCCAUUUCAACUUCUCUAUCUCUUUGGGAACGACCGUUGCGGAUGCUUUCGACAAGGCUCUGCUAUGUCAAACUUAG